CAUACCAAUCAUGUCUACGGCUCGUCGACCCGGCGUGGUAGUGAACGGCGUUCAAAGAGCAAGAACCCACCACUACUAUUGGUGCCAGCGCUGCCAACGCUCCAUCAGAACCACCACCACCAACCCCUCCGAGGUCCUAUGCCCGCGCUGCUUCGGCCAAAUCCGCCACGAGCUCGACGUCUCGAGGCCGGGCCCCCUCCUGGAGUCCGGCCUCGAGCCCUCUCCAGCCGCCCGCGUGCUGGACGCCCUCGCCCGGAUGCUCGACCCGCCCACCCCGCCCCGCCGCCGCCAAAUCGAAGACAGCGAAAGCAGCAGGCGCCGCUCCUUGAUACUGCUUCAGUUCAUCGGGCCCGAUGGUCCUCCCACCGAGCCCGCUCCUCCCGUGGUUACCGGGAGUGAUAGGGGCGGGGCUAGGGCGGCGGCGGUGGAGGCGCUGCCGGUGGUGGAGGUGAGCGAGGAGCGGCUGAAGAGCGAGUGGUGCUGCCCGGUUUGCAAGGAGGAUUUCGAGGUUGGGGUGAGAGUUAGGGAGCUUCCGUGCAAGCACUUCUAUCAUGACGAUUGCAUUAUUCCUUGGCUGCAAAUGCACAACACGUGCCCCGUGUGUCGCUACGAGGUGCAAGGGCUACCGUCUAACAACAACGACGGCAACAACAACAACAAUAACGACCUGAAUAGUAAUUUCUUCUUCCCUGGUGAUGACUACGAUCUUGGAUAUAGGGGCGGAGAAGAAGAAGGUGAUGAUUCUGGAAACUGGAGGUGGCCGGAAAUCUUCUCGUCGAGGCCAUUCAGUUUCCUUAUGAAUUGGGCAAAUCUAUGCCUUGACUUUCUUGACGACAACAUCGCUCGCGGAGGUAACUCUUGGUGGCGAUCUUGGCCCAUGCCAUAGCUAGAAUUGGUCAUUUAAUUGAAGGUAAAAUUAAUAAUAUAAAUUAGACAUUAAAGAGGAUGAAGAUAGCUAGGUUCAGUUCAGGUAUGUAUUUCAUUCUCGUUCUCUGGCCAAACUCACACAAUGCACAAGUAUAGCAGAAUAAAUACUUUGUUGAGACGAACUGAUAAAUAUAUCUAAAAAGUUAUUUAUGAAAUAGUAUAAUUCCAAGGUAGCAUAGACUCGGAGCAACAAUUGGUGGAAACGAUUCAGAGUUAAUAUGCUCUAUUAUCAGCUGACUCAAUGGAGAUGGGAGGUGCGGCCCUGCCUGCCCAAAUUGUGGAAAUAUUUAUCUAAUUUGUAAAUAUAUACCGAUUAUUUAUAUACAUCAAAAUUAUUUAGUUA